ACGGAUGACUUCGGCACACCGAGACGAACUCCCAAGAACAUGGCGGACAAGAMAAGUAGUGAAGAGAAGGGAAGCAAGGUUGUAAUCGCUAUUGAUGGCAGUGAACACAGUAAAAGAGCGUUUGACUGGUACUGUGAGCAUGCUCACAAGGAGAAAGACAAUGUUCUACURAUACAUGCCAAUGACAUAUCAGAUCGGCAAAUACAACUACAUCCAUAUGGCCUUGCUACUGUUGAAGGCUGGGAUAAGUGGAUAGAAAGAUGCACAGAAGACUCCAAAAAACUGUUACAUUCCUUUGAAGAAAAAUGCAAACAACAGAAGUACAACUGCAAGCUUUUCACCCAGAUAGGAAAUCCUGCUGAAGUGAUAUGUAAAUUUGCAGAGGAAAAGGAUGCUGACCAUCUUAUUAUGGGCUGCAGAGGGCAGGGCACGAUACGCCGCACACUGAUGGGUAGUGUYAGCGACUACUGUGUGCAACACAGUCACGCCCCAGUCACUGUUGUCCCACCAAAAGAUCGUCAUGACCAUGGAUUCCACAACCUUAUUCAUAAAUGAUGCAGGGGAAAUUGGGCAAUAUUUGUGUCAAACACAGUCAUUGAUUGGUUACUUUUGGGUUUUAAUAAAGCUCUUUGAAUUAA